UCCCCACACAUCUGUGUGGCCAAACGCGCGCACCCGUCUGCUGAUCUUUUUUUUAAGGAACUUUCGCUUCCUGUUGCUUUUCUCCGCACUAUUGCGCUUGUCAGUUUGAAAGUCAGUCAGCCUGUGGUGUGUGUGAAAAGUGCUUUGUUCACUAGCAGCUUUAAAGUUUCUUCUGCGUUCAUCAUCAUGUCUCUGCCGCAGCAGUUACGCGACCAAAGUGACUUUGAUCAGCUCCCUCUCAACAUCCCAAUCAGCGCCACCAUUGCUGAUAUCGAGGAGAUUAAAGGCUUCAUCGACUACUUUAGGUUCGUGAUUGAGGUGAAGACUAAAGGAGAGAGUAAGUACCUAAUCUACAGGAGGUACCGGGAAUUUUUCAACCUCCACCAGAUCCUCGAGGCCAGGUACUCUUCAGAAAACCUGGCCAAACUGGGCCCAAACACCUGCAUCCUGCCUCCUCUUCCAGGAAAAAUCUUCCUCGGAAACAAAAAGGAGAUUGCAGAGAGCAGAAUCCCUGAACUCAACACGUACAUGAAGAGGUUGCUGGGUUUGCCAACAUGGGUGUUGCUAGACGAGGCUCUCAGGAUGUUUUUCUACCAGACGGAACAGGACUCUGAGCAUCAGCCGCGAGCCCUGAGGCGUCUCCGCCCGAAUACCCGCAAAGUGAAACAAGUGAAGUCACAAAAGAUGGACCUCUUCUCCUCCCCCAGGGCUGAGGCGAUGUUUGACUUUCGCGGCAACAGCAAGGCGGAGUUGAACCUGAAGAAGGGAGAGGUGAUCUUCCUGCUGCGACGAGUCAAUGUCGACUGGCUGGAGGGUACAGUAAACAAUCAGACCGGUAUCUUCCCAGAAACCUUUGUGAAGAUUAUUAAACCCCUCCCUGAGAGUGACUCUGAAGGUGAAAGUGGAGGCCACACAUACAGCUGUCUCCGCUGCUUCCUGCUCACCCCCUCUGGAGUCGACACCAGAGAUGUGUGUGUACAAGAGGACCUCAGCAUCCAGCCAUCAUACAAGGACCUGCUGUCUCGCAUGAGGAAUGUUUUCAAGGUGGAUGAUAUUGCCCUGAACUACCGCGACCCUGAUGGUGACCUUAUUCGUAUCCUGGACGAUGAGGAUGUCCAGCUGAUGAUCAAGGAGGGCAGACGUCAACAGGACAAAGUCAAGAGACCUAUUAAUCAGUUUCCAUGGGAACUGCAUGUGACCACGACCUCUGACCUUUCUGUUUACAAUACAGAGGCUUGAGAGAAGUUGAAGAGAAGAAAAAUAAAUAUAAAAUAUUUAGUUGUGUCAUAUCAGAAAAUGAAUUUAACCAAGUGUAUAGUUGCUGAUUUGAACUCUGUGUAGUUUGCCAUUUACAUUCAUUCUGAGUCUGUUUCAAUAAAUGUUCCAGUCAUUUUACUUAAUAAAAUAACUUAAUACCAUAUUUACAUUUUGCGUGCUUAAAUUUUUUUCUGCUUGCUUAGAGGCUUUUCAACCGUUAGAUGUGCUCUCUGACAGAGUUUUACAGUCUAGUUAGUAGUUCAGUAAGGAGAGAUUAGAAGGAAUUGAACAGGAGUUGUUAAUAUACAGAAUUCAGUUCUGUUAUUUGACAAUUAGACUCUGGUCCCCCAUCACAGCAGAAUGAAGUCCCAGCAGUGAUGGGAAUUAGGGCAGGGCAUUUCCUCAAGCUUUUUUUUUAAUGCUAGAAAGUAGGGUGUUGUUGUUGUUCAUCCAUCAGUAUGUCGACAGAAUCAAGAGCUGGACAGCAACAGGACCCAACGUGAGCCAAGCUUAAUGGCUAAAGACGCAACAGCACUCCAUGGACGCUUGGUCAGCCAUCAUAGUAGCAAAGCUAAGUGGGUUCAGUACAUGACCACUGCCAAUAAAUGUUUUGGAAACACCAAAGGCCAAACUCAAGCUCCUGGCUGAUAAAGCAGCACACCAGGACUCUUACGACCAGAGAAACCGCCUGCACUACAAGAAAGCCU